AUGGAUGAUAGCCAAGGAAAAAAGGAGUUCGAAGUUGAAUACACUGUCAAAGAUGCCGCAAGUCUUGUCGAAAUGCAAGCCCAAAGUAUUGAUUUAGUCGCGUCUGUUCUUGGUAUUCAAAAACGAUACGCUACAUCAUUAUUGUGGCAGUUUAGAUGGAAUACAGAAAUACUAUUUGAAGAAUACAUGGAGUCUCCUGAAAAAGCAUUGGAAAAAACAGGCAUAAAAACCAUGGAAGAAAUAAAGCUACUUCAAAAGAAACGAGAACUUGGAUCACAAUCAGAAGAAUUUGAAUGCAAAAUCUGCUUCGAUGACGACCCAGAAAUGAUGACUGUUGGAGUUGGAUGUGGCCACAGAUUUUGCAUCGACUGCUACAGAAAAUAUAUAACAUUCGAAAUAACCGAAGGAAAUAACCGAAAUAUUACAUGUCCUCAAGAAAAGUGCAAUGCCAUAGCUGAUACCGAGACUAUCGAGGCUCUGAUGAUAAAAGAUGUGUAUGAAAAACAUAAGCUAUUUUUAAAUCAGCUUUUUGUACAAGAUCAGGCUUCUAUGAGAUGGUGUCCUGGUAUUGACUGCGAGUAUGCAGUGGAGUGUAACAUUCCUAGUACAUCGCUGGUUUCUAUAAUCCCAAUAGUAAAAUGCUUUUGUGGCCAUGAGUUUUGUUUUGGAUGUGGAUUAUCUGACCAUCGGCCUGCCAUUUGCGCCUUGGUUAAGAAAUGGAUGGCCCAGUGUGCCCAAGAUCUAGAAACCUUGAGCUGGAUUAAAAACUCUACGAAACAGUGUCCUAAGUGUGAAGCACUUAUUGAAAAGUGGGGUGGAUGUAACCAUAUGACAUGUAAAAAAUGUCGUCAUGGUUUUUGUUGGGUUUGCAAGGAACCCUGGAGAAAACACGGUUUAGACGCUUACACCUGCCAUAAGUAUAAAGCAGAGUCUGUGAACUCUGAUGACUGCUCAAAAUACGCAAGAAGAAAUGUGGAAAGAUACUUACAUUAUUAUGAGCGAUACAUGAACCAUCAAACUUCGGCUAGACUCGACAAUGAAUUAUUCAGAAGAAAGCCGAUAGAUAUAAAAGAGAUUGAAGAAAUGGAAGAAGAUGGAACUCUGCCUUGUUUUCGAGUUAAAACUCUAAAGGACGCUUGGGAAAUUACUGUAAAGUCAAGAAAUACACUAAAGUGGGCAUAUGUCUUGGCUUUCUACAUGAAAGAAACUAAUGCAUUGGACUUGUUCGAGAAGAACCAGCGAGAGCUCGAGAUGGCUAUUGAAAGUCUGUCUGAAUCCUUGGGCAGCGGAAAUGGCCUUAGAUAUGACGUUGGAUAUGAAUUGAUUUUGGACAAGUAUACAUAUGCAAAACAAAGGCUACAGAACUUUCUUGAUUAUAUUUCCACAGAGAUUUUCGAAGAAAGUAUUGAGUUUACUGUUGAUCUCAGACAGUAA